UUUUGUUCGUUCAAGAAAAUCACUCAUAGCAUCGAUUGCAAAGCUAGUCAUACCCUGUCAUAGGGCCGUAUCUCGGACCUUUGCUACCGAGUACUAUUUUUGACAUGUUCGAGGACUGAAACCCAUGACCUGAUGGACGCUUGGUCUUGCAGUUAUAACCUCAGGUUGCAGACAUGAUUCCCAGCAUUGACUUACAUCUCUGGCUACCAUGUCUAAAGGGGUUGCUCUCAUCACUGGUGCUGGUCAAGGCAUUGGCCGUUCCAUUUCUCUUAAGCUGGCUGCUGAUGGCUUCGACAUUGGACUCAGUGAUAUUCCUACCAACAAGUCGAACCUCGAGGAAGUCGCACGGGAGAUAACGGGGACUUAUGCAGGACGAAGGGCCUGCGUACUUCUUGCAGAUGUCACAGUCGAAGACGACGUUCGUAAGAUGAUGGACGGCGUUGUGACCGAGCUUGGUGGUCUGGAUGUCAUGGUCGCAAAUGCCGGUAUCAUUGCCGUCGCACCAUUGGUAGAAACUACAUUGGCAGACUGGGAAAAGAUCUUUGCUGUCAAUGUUACGGGCGUGUUUUUAAGCUACAAAUACGCCGCUCGAAAGAUGAUUGCCUUGAAUGAGACCCACAAACGAGGUCGACGCAUCAUCGGCGCCAGCUCCCUAGUAGGGAAACGAGGUGAACAAAAUCUUAGCGCGUAUUCUGCUUCCAAGUUUGCAGUCCGAGGGAUUACACAGUCUGCUGCUAUUGAACUCGGAUGCCACGGUAUCACCGUGAAUGCCUAUGCUCCAGGACCAAUCAUGACGGCUAUGAUCGACGAACUAAAUGAGGCAAGCAUGAAGCUGACGGGGUCAUCUGACCCUAGUUGCUAUAACGAAAAGUCUAAGAAGAAUACGUGUGUCGGGUAUUUGGGGACUCCAGACGACAUUGCAGGACUGGUCUCUUACAUUGCCUCCGCAGAAUCUCAUUUUAUCACAGGGCAAAGUAUCACGAUCGAUGGUGGGAUGCGCUUUGAUUAAAUCUUGCUAGUUGGUGUAGUGUUUAUGACUUCCAUACGCUAAAGCCUGCAGUUGUAUCAUUUCAUGUACAAUAGCCUACUAUAGGCAAGCUCUCGCUAACGUUCAGGAACAUCAUGCCA